GAUGAGUUUCCUUGUUAACGAGGAGGAUACUAAAUGUUUUGUUUGCCUAAUUUCUUGGGUUGGACAGAAUCCAAGAUGUCUACCGUGUAAGGAAUCAAUUCAUAUAUUUUGCUCGGAUUGCUUAGAGAAGUUUGCAAUUCAUGGAAAAUUACAAAUUGGCGAAGAACUUCGAUGUCCCGUCUGCAACGUUGGUCAUACAUGGACCAAAGAGGGAGUAUUAUCCUUUCCAAGAUUGACGAUAUUCGAUCGAACUAAAAGAGGAGAUGAUAAUUAUAAUAGAAACGAUAGAAAUUUUAUAGAGAGAAUUCCCUCGAAAUAUAAAAGAAGUGAAAUGGAAAAUGCUGUUGUAGCAGCUAUAAGAAAUAUAAACGAAGAAGAAGACAAAAUAUUGCGGGAAAUCCAUGAUGCAGUUCGAUUGAGAAUAAUUAAACUACAGGAUAUGAAAGAAGUACUCUUUAAAGAAGCAUUAGAUUUUUUUAAUAGGAAGGAGAAUUGCUUAAAAAAAAUUAUUAAAGAAUUUGAAGCUAUUGAAUUAUUCUCAAAUAAAAUUGGUGAAAGUGAACUAGGAGGUAAUCUAAUGGAAAUGAGAAUGAAAUUAACAAAUAAAGCUAUGAAAAUGCUACAUAAACAUAUCAUAUUUAAAAUAAACAAUACCGAACUAAUUAGCAUAGGAGAGAAUGUUGUCAAUCAAGAUUUUAUCAUUAAUAAUGAUCUGAUUAGUAUACCUUCAUUCGGGAAUGUAAUUACUCAAACUUGUAAUAGAAAUUGUCUAUAUUUUAUCAUGGAAAAGUAUCGCGAUAACGGAUACUGUUAUAGACUUGUGUCAUAUGAUUCUGGAGCGGAGAGAUUCGACUUUCUACACGAAUGGAAAUCUUCUAGAGAUAAACAAUAUAAAAUAGCAGUUGAUAAUCAAAUCUAUUUUUUAACAGUCGGAGAAAGAGAAAUAAAAUACGUUAAAGAGAUUUUAAGAAAGGAUAACAGGAAUUAUUGCAAAUUCGAAUCAUUCUGCUUUACCGAUAGGAAUACGGAAUAUUAUCAAAAUAUUAUUGAUUAUGAAGGUGGAAUUAUUGCUUAUAGUACGAUUUUAGAACAGAAAUGUCAUUUAUUCAAGAUAAGAAAUCCUUUUAAAGUUGAAUGGGAACGUUUAUAUUCUGAAAAGGGUGAGCGGUUAUUUUUUUUUUUAAAUCUAACCUUUAAAGUAACAUUAUUAUCUAUCUUCUAUUUGAUUUACUUAUAUUAA